AUGAAAGGAAUUCUAUUCACGUGUGAUGGAAGAAUAUCUAAUGUCUUGGAAUGCGCCACGCUGAGGAAACAGCAUGAAAUUAAAUUGUUGUUGGGCUUCCGUAAUAAUCGUUGCUAUCCUCACAAUGAACAGCUAAUGGAAUUACGAAAUUUGGUCAACAAUGAAGGAUUUUUCUGUUUGCGCAGUGUUUACUUAGAGAUAAGAAUGAGAAUAAAAGAAUAA